CAGCUGACGCACCGGAGAACAGCGCCGCGCGUUUCGAUGCGCAUCUUCAUUCCCGGCUGUGGGAGGAAAGGUGAGCGCAGAGCCCGUCCCAUCCUCGGAGACACUUCUUCUACUGGGCUCUGACUUUUCCUAGGCUUGCCUGCUCGGAUUUUAUAGUUUGCAACUUCGAGGGUUUUUUUUAAAUCAACAGCUGAGGAGGAAAUGUGAAGUUAUGUUAUCGAAGACACCGUUCAGCUCACUCAUUCAUCUCCACGGCCAACGAAGAAUAUGGAUACACUGACAGAAAAGCCCACUGAUGGAAAGCACUUUCACCCCGAGUUAAAGUGAGUUUGUUAUUCGAUGAUGGGCGGCGGACAGACGUCAAGGACUUUCACACCUGACUGUGCGGCUUUUUUAAAUACAUGAGAGGAAGAAGCGCGUUUCGUCUGAUGAAAUCUCGGGACUUACCGGGCGGCGGCAGGGCUAUGGGGAUCAGAAAUGGGGCCAAAAGUCGCUCCAAGCCCAUCUCUAAAAUGUACUUCAGAUUCAUCUUGCUCCUGCUCAUUUUCACCCCGAGAGUGGAUUCGUCGUGGUGGUACAUCGGUGCGCUGGGUGCUCGGGUGAUCUGUGACAACAUCCCCGGUCUGGUGAACAAGCAGCGGCAGCUCUGCCAGCGGCACCCGGACCUGAUGCAGUCCAUCAGCGAGGGAGCCAAGGAGUGGAUCAGAGAGUGCCAGCACCAGUUCAGACACCACCGCUGGAACUGCAGCACGCUGGACCGGGACCACACGGUGUUUGGCAGGGUGAUGCUGCGAAGCAGCCGGGAGGCAGCGUUUGUGUACGCCAUCUCUUCAGCAGGAGUGGUCUACGCCAUUACCAGAGCCUGCAGCCAGGGGGAACUUAAGAUCUGCAGCUGUGACGGUCAAAAACGCGGGCAAGCCAGCGACGACAAGGGCACUUUUGACUGGGGCGGAUGCAGCGACAACAUCAACUACGGCAUAAAAUUCGCCAAGGCCUUUGUGGAUGCUCGAGAGAGGAUGGUGAAAGACGCUCGAGCGCUGAUGAACCUGCACAACAACCGCUGCGGUCGGAUGGCAGUGAAGCGCUUUAUGAAGCUGGAGUGCAAGUGUCACGGGGUCAGCGGCUCCUGUUCUCUGAGAACCUGUUGGCAGGCCAUGUCUGACUUCAGGCGAACCGGAGACUACCUCCGCAAGAAGUACAACACAGCCAUCGAGGUGACCAUGAACCAGGACGGGACGGGCUUCAUGGUGGCUGACAGGGACUUCAAGGGAACCACCAAGAACGAGCUGGUCUAUGUUGAGAACUCCCCAGAUUACUGCCUCAUGGACCGUGCAGCAGGCUCCUUGGGCACAGCAGGCCGAGUGUGCAACAAGUCCUCAAGAGGCACAGACGGCUGUGAGGUCAUGUGCUGCGGACGAGGCUACGACACCAUGCGCGUCAAACGAGUCACCAAGUGCGAGUGCAAGUUCAAGUGGUGCUGCGCCGUGGAGUGCAACGACUGUGAGGAUAUGGUGGACGUUCACACCUGCAAGCCCCACAAGCGACCCGAUUGGCUGGACGUGACCUAGCGAGGGGACCCGACCAGUUUGAAGCAGCUGCCACCGACUCGUUAACCUCUGCUCUAUAGACUACGUUUCAGUCGGAAUCCCGUAACUGUAAUACCUCUGGUUUUCCACGCUUUGACACUUGAAGACAGAGACUUCACAAAGUUUCAUUUGAUGAUGGUAAACUGGAAAUCACCAUGUGCUCCAUUAAAAAUGUUUUGGUUUUUUUUGUUUUUUUUUAAACAAACAUUUGGUUCAGCAUUUAUGAAACAAACUUUGAUGCAAAAUGGUGGAAUAUUAUACUCAAUUGUACAUGCUCCCUUGAGCUACUACCUGCUUGUUCUAUUAUGUAAAGACCGUGUGAGCAUAACAGAUCAAAGAGUAAUGUUUAGUCUGAAACGAGAGAAAAGGUAAAAGAGAUUUUUGGGGGGAUUUUGUGAAAACGCCGACAUUGUAUCAUAUAAAAUGACACCCACCAAGUCAUUGUACGAUACUGCAACAAAGCGUUCAAAAUACUUGUAAUUUGCUUGUAAAAUUAUUGCAACUAUCAAACCAGCAAAACGUACGAGGGUCUAUGAAAACUUCAUUCUCAAUCAAGGCCAGAUAAUAACACUGUGAACGGAAAAAACUAAACAAAACACGAGCAGAAGUAGGAGCAAGGAUGUUCAGUUAAAGUAUCCCCCCUCCUACAGAAGUGGUAGAUUGUUUGGAAGAAAUAGGAUAUUUUAACAGAAAAAUUAAACUCCAUUUAAACUUGGGACUAUUAUUUGAAAGAAAUUAAUGUCUGUAAUAAGUCCGGCACAUGUUGUGUUGAUGAAAACUUCCUAAUUUCUACCUCUUGUUGUUUGUCUUUGCCUCUAAUUUAACUGACGCCUUCUAGUACGUUCAGACCAUAGACUGUUGAAGAUGGACGAAGGAACUGCUCCUCAAAACUGAAGCCAAAGGAAGUAGAGCUCCCCCGGUGGCCGGCUGCAGCAUAAAUCCUAAGCUCCACUCACAUUUUAGAGGACGGGACUUGGGGCGAUCUAAAACACUAAAACAAAGGUCAAGUAUUUUUUUCUCAAGGACGGUUGCUGUCGUUUUAGGUAGUUAAUAUAACACAGAUGCAUACUCAAGUGUCCAUUUUCCAGUUAUUUGAAGCUAUAGAAACAGAAUGAGGCAUCGUGAUUAGUACAAGUUGCCAAGCGAACCACUCAUAUUAAUCAAAUAGAAAUGCGAGUGAGUCUGGCAGAAGUGUUGGUAAGUCAUCAAUAAUGCGGCUUUGCAUGACGCCACUCUCGGACCGUGCUGUGCAGACUCUGGCUCCAAUGUGGCAAGAUGGCGCUGCCUGUAUCCCCGGGAAACUCGCAUCAGCACGGACGAAUGGAGAAUGGAAUUCUGCUUUUUUCUACCACUUUCAAACCUCCUUGUGGUCUCCAUCCCGAUGGAUUUUCAAUGUGUAUGAUUAAGUGGCUUAUAGUGGUGAGCUUCCAGAUUGCAAUCCACUGACUCUUAACAAUGUAGAGAAACCUGAGGUGGCCGCUGCUUGGCUCUGGACGUUCUUGAGCCAGUGCUUGGUUAGUUCAUUCUAGGCUGUAGAAACUUGGCAGUGCAACAUGUUGGAUACAAAGGGCUCCUUCUAAGCUCUUCUAAAAACAAAGAUUUGUGGUAACAGUAAUCAGUAUUCAUUGAUAUAAACUAAAUUAUUAAUAAUAUAUUCCAUGUUUUGCCCCUAAAUCCACUUAAAAUUGUCGUAUACUUACACAUACGUGCUUUGUCAUUUGUCCGAAAGCCAACAGCAUGUUUUUUCUGUCAUCACAUUGUUGUAUCAGAACACUUAAAUUAUCUUAUGCAACCGUGCUUUCAGUCCGUGGUGCACACAUCCACUAGCCCGGGCUGUUUUGUGAUAAGUGAAGUGUUUCAUGUAGCAGGGCCAAGACGUUGCAAAGAGAGCAGUGAAAUAGCUGCGGACUUCAAAUUUGACUUUCCAACAUCCGGUAAUGCAGCCAGACAUCGUGUUAUGCCCGUGGAGACAUGACCCUCAGAGGGGUUUAUAGAUCUAAAUGAAUGUGACAACAAGCCGCGAAUGCAGAGAGUCAACAAAUUGUUUUGAGUCCACGUAAUGAUCGGGAGAGCCAAAGUAAAGCUCUGCGAACAAAGUCGAGCGACGCACCGAGUAAGGAAAUUAACUGCGAGCGAAGGAGCUUAUUUAGAAUGUAAAUUAAGAAUAUGAGGACAGUGUUUUUCUUUAAGAUUAUGAAGGUGAAAGCUGUUUGCACUGUAGGGUGCGACCCGCGGCUGCACUUAUUAGCGUCGCGAAAAAAUAACAAUGAUAAUUUCAAUUGCACAAUUAUUUCUGUACGUUGCAAAAUGGCACUGAUCUGAACUGUAGAUUUGGACUCAUUGAGGACUUUAUUCUUGUCUAUCGGUCCUAAUAUCAAAGUAUAUUCAUUUUCAGAUGUAAGUUUGUUCCAUUUCUGGAAGCAAAACAAUGACUUUUCAAUCAAGACCCCAGUCACGUUUCUUAAUUCGUCUUUUAGUCUGUCAAGGUUCGGUCCAACACUGCCCUUUAAGGCCGUCUGCGGAGGCAUUUUCACCUUGGAAAUAUAGGUCCUAAAAUAUCUUCCUAGCUCUAUAUUAAACCUUGUUGAUCCACCCUCUGUCACUCCUAUUAGAGGUCUUCCGCUCUCUUCAAGCUUAUAUGGUCUCCCGUGCUUUAGUCCUGCUUCAGCUAUGGCACGGAGAGGGUAAAAAUAAUGCAGCCAGCCAGGUUAGUGUUUUAAAGUUCAGUCAGUUCAAUGUCAGGUAAUUCUAGAGUAGAUUUUCCAGUAGCGUAACAACACUGGCAGAUGGGAGACUUGCAUAGGAAGAGAAAAACUGGAUUGCAAAAUAUUCAAAUAUUAUCUGUAAAGUAGCCUAAAAACACUUUCCUUUCUUUUACAAUUGUCAUGAAGAAAUUAUCAGAGUCGUGCCCGCCGAGAGUAGAUUAUAAAUACUUUACUGAUCUUUAAAUCUGUCAUAGUGUCUGUGGAGCUUUGUCCUCCAGCAUCCAGUCGAAGCCUGUAAAAAUAACAGGAGAGGCAUCGCAGGCAUUCUCAGCCAUCACUGUGAUAUCAAAUGGGCAUCUCUAUUAAACAACACAUCAGCGCUAAAAUGGUCCCAGGGGACAGAGUGCUUUCACAUUAAGGGAAGACAGACAGAAGACAGAAACGCUGAAAUCCAUUUUCAAAGUUUGAUAUGAAAACAAUUCAGUGUCAAGUUUACGCUAAACAUCAGUCCAUUUUCUCCUUAUCUUACUAGUUCCCUGUACACCACCCACUCACACGACUGAUAUCUGUGAUUUAUAGCAAUAUGGGAGAUAUACUGAUAUGUAUGCAUUGUGAAAUUGUUGCUCUCUGGACUAUUUAGUAAAUGAGCUGAAAAUCCAUUGGUGAAAUGUGCCGGUAAUUUCACUGUUUUUCUUGGAAGACACGAUGGCCCCACAACCCCAUCAAGUGUAAUUAAAGAGCUUUACGUGGAC